AGUUUCCGGCGGAAGCAUCCUCAACAAGGAAAACUUUAUUGAACCCGAAGGGGCUGGGGCUGGGGGCCUCCGGGCCUGGCCGGGCCGCGGCCUGGGGGAGGAUGUCGGUGAACUACGCGGCUGGGCUCUCGCCUUAUGCGGAUAAGGGCAAAUGCGGGCUCCCCGAGAUCUUUGACCCCCCUGAAGAAUUAGACAGGAAAGUAUGGGAGCUGGCACAGCUGAUUCAGAGAUCUUCCAAUGUGGUAUUUCACACAGGUGCAGGCAUCAGCACAUCCUCAGGCAUCCCAGACUUCAGGGGUCCCCAGGGUGUGUGGACCAUGGAGGAACGGGGCCUGGCACCCAAGUUUGACACAACGUUUGAGAGUGCCCGGCCUUCUCAGACCCAUAUGGCCCUGCUACAACUGGAGCGAGUGGGCAUCCUGAAGUUCCUCGUGAGCCAGAAUGUAGAUGGGUUGCACGUGCGCUCUGGCUUCCCCAGGGACAAGCUGGCUGAGCUCCAUGGGAACAUGUUUGUGGAAGAAUGUGCCAAGUGUAAGACGCAGUAUGUACGUGAUGUGGUGGUGGGCAGCAUGGGCCUCAAGGCAACAGGACGCUUGUGCACGGUGGCAAAGGCUCGAGGCCUUCGGGCCUGCAGGGGGGAACUGAGGGACACCAUCCUGGACUGGGAAGAUGCCCUGCCUGAUAGAGACCUCAACCUUGCUGAUGAAGCCUGCAGGAAUGCAGAUCUAUCCAUCACUCUGGGAACAUCCCUGCAGAUCCGACCCAGUGGCAACCUGCCUCUGCUCACUAAACGCAAAGGAGGCCGACUAGUCAUAGUCAACCUGCAGGCCACCAAGCAUGACCGCCAAGCUGACCUUCGAAUUCAUGGCUACGUGGAUGAUGUCAUGGCCAAGCUCAUGAAGCACCUAUGCUUGGAGAUCCCUGAAUGGCAGGGGCCCCUUGUGGUGGAACGGGCCCCACCCCUGUUACCCCUCCCGACACAGGUGAAGGCUGAGCCCCCCACCCUGCCAGCCCUGCCCGAAGCACCCAAGGCAGAGCCCCCUGACCAGCGCCAAAGACCAGAGCAGGAAGGUGUCAAGAGGGAGCAGCCCCCUGCCCCCCGGCUGCCCAAGAGGGUGAAGGUGGAGCCUAUGCCCAGCUGAAAGGGUUUGAGACAUCGUGUGGACUCAGGCUAGUGUGCUCCUUUCUGAGCCCCAGUCACCCUCACUGUACAAAGGGACAGUGCACUCACUUGGUAUCUAUAGGCCCAUCCAAUCCUCAGUUGUGGUGACAGUGUGGCCUGCUAGAAGGAGCACUGCACUUAGAGGAUUUGGAUUCAAAUCCUAUCCUGUGUGACUUUAGAAAAUUGCUUCACUCCUCUGGGCCUUAUAGUUUCAUUAUCUGUAAAAUGAAGUUGAACUAGCUGAUCUUGAGGGAUCUUUGCAGUUCCUAUAAGCUAUGAUACUUUGAUGGGAAUGGGCAAGUCUGGGUGGGUUUUUUAUUUUUAAAUAAAUUUGAUUUCCUUUUUCUUACCAGAGGGUUUUUUACCUUCUGUUGUUUGUAAAACAACAUUUCCAGGCCUUCUGGUCCCCUCUGAUAACCUUGUCUGCAGUCCUUUACUGUUCUCUCUCACUAUAGCUAGGACCUGUUCUCUCUACUUUGAGCCCAGUAAGCAAGUCACUGGCUUUGACUAAUUUCCUUCUAUCUGGGCCUCACUUUCCCUUUCUGUAAACUUGAAAUCUUUUCUGUCUGUAAAUCUUCUGAUUACAUGGGGCCUGCUUUUGUCCCUCAUCUUUUCAGUUAUAAUCUAUUGGGGUAUCUGCUGCUAACAGCACCAAAUGUGAGAGGGGCCUAUGGCCAUUGCCAGCAAGACCCUAGGAUUCUUCCCUCUGCUAGCCCUGCUGCGGUUUGGAGGAAUGAGAAUCAGACAGCCUUUGGCCUGGAGCCGAUUCUGUGUUCCGUGGAGGGGCUCCUGCUGAGCCUCUCUUUAUCACCUCUCUGUUUUCAUCCCUUUCUCCAUCUUGUCUUCUGAGACAUGUUAGAGACCAGAGUUAGGGGACCAACUACCCUUAGGCAGAUGGUGAGGGCUUUGUUAUCUUUAGAUGCUUCUCUUAUGUUGCAAUCUUCCCAUUGCCAAAUCAGUGGCAAUUCCUGAUCCUUGGACAUAAAUGGGUUUUUUUGCUUUCCCUCCCUCACAGUCACCUGGGAAUGAGCACCUACCUCUUUCAGGACAAGGAUUACAGCCAUACUUGGUGAGGAAGCUGUCAGUGGCAGCUAAGACAAGGAAGAGGCAAGUCCCAAAGCCCCAACGAGGUUCUCAUUGUAUAUUGGACACUAGCUGUGUAACCUUGGGCAAGUCCCUUCCCAUCCCUGGGCCUACUUCUCCAUCUGUAAAACAAGAGGGGUGGACUGAAACCAUUUAGUCUUUUCCAGCUGAACAUCUUGUGGUCUUUUUGCUUUUCUGAUUUGCUCCUGAGUGUGGGCUUGAUGUUAGGGACCAAGAUGGGAAGGCUUUCAGUGCAGUGGUAUCCCACCCUGUCCGAAGUCAGAGCCUAAGGCUUCUUUCUGCUUUGGAGGCUUCUCCAGAUAUCAUCCACCUGAGUUGGUUUAGCUUUUAGAGAUAAUUGAUUCAUUGACUCUAUCCUGGCCCUGGCCUGGAUAAGAAGUAGAUAUUUGUCAAGGGAGAGAAAGGGAAGGUGGGACAGCCUCGCCCAUAGGCCUUUCUGCAGAGAUGGUUGGGCUCAUCCACUGGGACUACCUCUUGCAUUUUCUAUAUAGUCCCUGUCUAGUGAACCCUGGGAUUGAGAGAUCUGAGAAAGCAAAUGAAAUUCCCAGGCAGCUUGGAGCCUGUACUUUAACACCCCCCCACAAGUGUUGUCUCUGAGACUUUGAUAGCAGAGGCCAGGAUGUGGGAAUAAAAACAUCUUUCUGUCUCUCUCUCCAUCUCUCAGUCUCACCCUCAGUCUCUCUCUCUCUGUCUCUCUGUCUCUCUCUCUCUCACACACACACACACACACACACACACACACUUACUUUGGUGCUUGAGCUGAGUUUUUAAGGAAAGAAGGGACUGUUAUGGUGGCAGUGAGGAGGGUGUGCAUUCCAGGCAGGAGGUAGAACCAGCCAGUGUAAAAGCCCUGAGGUGAGAGAGGCAUCUGCAAGCCCAGCUCUGGGGACAGUGCAGGCUGUGAACUGACUUCACUACACAAAUGGUUCUCCCCCUCCCCCAAGGAACAUGUUAAAGGAGCUCUGAAUGUGUAGCCACAGGGCCCAGGUGAAAUCUUGCCUGUGUCACUUAGGAUUGUAUUGCUUUGGAAAAGUCAUUGCUCUUGUGGCUUCAGUUUCCUCAUCCAUGAAAUGAGGGAGUUGG